AUAAAUAAAAAACUCUAUAAUUUUAUGCAUGUGAAGAUUUAAAUAUUGAAGUGAACUGCUGGGUGGAAGUACACAGUGACAGUUGAGCAAUUUGGCAACCAGAACCGCUUUCCUACCCAGCAGAUCUCUGAAAUGAAUUCUGCUCAGACUUCUGCACUUCUGUAGCCCAGACCUCCUGCCAUGUCUUCUGGGCUCAAGCCUCUGAGGAUGGGGCGAGUGUUUGCUCGCCUCUCCUUCCUGCCGACGCUGGCACUGAACCUGCUGCUCGAGAGGGUCACCGCCAGGACCUGGUACAGCGCCGUGGACGAGCGCGUCCUGCUGGGGGCGCUGCCCUUCAGGAGCAUGGCCCGGGAGCUGGUGGACGAGCAGGGGGUGCGUGCUGUGGUCUCCAUGAAUGAAGACUACGAACUCCUUCUCACCCCCUCCGCUCAGGAGUGGGGGAGUCACGGGGUGGAGUUCCUCCAGCUGAGCACAACGGAUAUCUUUGAGGCCCCCAGCCUGGAAAAACUGCACAGAGGCGUGGCUUUCAUCUUGCAGCCUCGACCCUUAAAUGCUGACGCCAGCACCGACGGCAACAACAGCAACAGCAACACUGGCAAGAACAACAGUAACUGUGGGCGUGUCUACGUACACUGCAAGGCGGGCAGGACGCGAAGCGAAUGCAGGUGCUGCUGCCCUCUUCCUUCUUUCUCCUCCUUUUGUUGUACCUUCAGUAUAAAAACCUUUUAUCUCACCAGCGUCUCCCUCCCCCAGGUUUACGGGCUGGCCCCCCAGCAGGCGGUGGAGCAACUCACUCUGACACGACCUCACGUUUGGUUGGGCAACGCUCAACUGGCCGCCAUUGAUGCCUUCCACCGCGACCUGCUGCGAGGCGCUGCUCAUAGCCCCUCCCCUACGUAGUUCCUCGCCCAUACACAGGACCUCGCCCUCAAGAAGCUUUCAUUUCCAACGUAGGAUCUCUGUUCCCCGUAGAGCCCACCCUUCUGACUCGUACUUUCAUCCAGCCCCCCAUUCCUCCGUGAGGAAUAUCCAUACCCAGGGAAUCUGGCGCUGGGCGCCUCUCCCAUCUUUUCCUCACACAAAGAUUAUUUCCCCGCUAGCCCACUCCAACCUUUCUCCUUGUUGCUGUUCCCCUAGCUGCCUCGUGGGGUUUCUCUCUAUCACCAUCCUCCCUCUUGUGGCGAAGGCAGCACCAAGGCAGCUAUGAAUGGCUCAUAUAGAGAGAUUAAUAUCAGCUCCAAUGGCCAGUAAACUUUUAUGACAAGAGUGCGUUUUUUGUCCGUAUAUUAGUAUUUAAGAGAUUGUUCGGUAUUAAUAGUUACUUACUUACCAAAAUAUCAUUAUGUAUGUGUUGUUCGAACGCUGUUAAAUAUGUGUUGUUGAGAGCUUCUGUUAAUUCUACUAAUUAUGAUAUAAUUACACAGAGAUUUACCUCUCUUCGGGAAUUGGCAUCAAUCCCAUGUUUCAAACUGCAUGAAGUGCAUUAAAUAAAAAACUUAUUAUGUGAAAUAUUGAGAAUUGAGAAGCAGCAUGAUGGCAGAAUAUUGUUCAAACAAAACUGAUUUCAUUAAAAAUUUUGAUUUAC